AUGGAAGAAUCACUUAAGGGAAAAUUAAUUUUAAAUACUCAUACAUUUACUAUUGAUUGGGCAUGUCAAAUUUUAGAAAAAAAUGAUCCUGAUUUUAAUAUAUUUACAAAAAAUGGAUUAGUAAAGAAUGUUAUUACACGUCCAAUUGGUAAAGGUAAAGGUUGUUUUGCUAGUGUAUAUGAGAUCAUAUUUAUCAAUACAUGUGAUAGAGGAUAUAAUUGUGUUAUUAAAAUUCCACAAUUUCAAAAAGAAUGUUGUAAUAAUGAUGAAAAAAAUUCAAAAUUUAUCAAAAAUAUGGAUAAGACAGUCAUAAUGAUGCAUAACAGAGAAUGUGAAUUUUAUAAUAAUUUAAAAAAUAUUAAUAUAAAAAUACCAAAAGUUUUUAGUGCUAUUCCAAUUAUUCCAAAUGUACAAGAAGGUAUAUUGUUAAUGAAAAAUUUAAGUGAAACAGGAGCAAUACAAUGUAUAACUGAUUCUUUGAUGCCAUCACAAAUUUAUCAAGUUAUAAGAUAUUUAGCAAGACUUCAUACUUAUAGUAUUAUUAAUAAAAAAUUAUUUAGUGACAAGCAAUAUUCAUGUAUGUUUAAUGAAAUGGAACUUGAAUCAUGGUAUAUUCCAUUGAAAAUAAAAUUUAAACAAAUUUUUGGCAAUAUUAUUGGUGAAAUUUAUGAUGAAUUUAUUGACAUAGCAACAAAUGCCAAAUUUCAUCAUUAUAUUAUGAAUGAAGCUCAUUUAGAAAAUGGAUUAUGUAAUGUUCUCAUUCAUGGUGAUGUUUAUACUCACAAUUUAUUUUUUAAAAAAGAUAUUUUUGGUAAUCCAACAUCUCAAUUAGAAGCUAUAUUUGAUUGGCAGACAAUGCAAAUGGGUUCACCUGUUUUUGAUAUUACUAGGUGUAUUGUUUUGUCAUUAGAUGGUGAUAUUCGUAGAAGAAUUGAAGAAGAUUUACUUUUAUUUUAUUAUCAAACAUUUUCUGAUGAAUUAGGUAAAUAUAAAAUUGAAGUACCAUUUAGAUAUGAAAAUUUUCGUAAAGUUUAUGAUAUAACAUUUCUUCAACAAUCUGGUGAUUUAUUAUCAAUGAUUGAUAUUUUUAUAUUAAAAAAUACAGAAUUUGACAAAAAGGAAAAAGCUUAUAAAGCUAUUAUUGAUAAAACAGGAAUAAAAUUAAAACAUGCCAUUGAAGAUUCAAUCAUUAUAAUAAGAAAAUAUUUUAAAGAUUGGAAAUAA